GAGCCUAGAGAGCCAGACACUUCCAGCUGGCAGGAGAAGAAGGACCAGGCAGAGGAGAACGAGGUGACAGGAGAAGAAGGUUGAGGAGACAGAGGAGGAUUCCCUCAGUGCCAAUCUCUGCUGGGAGCCCUGGGCAGUAAAACGAGCCCAAGCAACCACAGCGCCUCUCCGCGAUGCUGAAGGCUGCCAUGCGGCUGGUGGCGAGUCCCGGAGCGCUGUCGGCCACCGAGGUGCUGCUGGCGGCCGCGGCGCUGUGCCUGGUGCUGGCGCUGCUGCAGUGGCUGCAGCAGCAGCAGCAGGUGAUGGAGCAGGAGAAGAGGUUUGAGCCCUACCGGUACCUGGUGGUGUCGGUGGCCAAUGUCAUCUGUGCCAUGUGCUUCGGCAAGCGCUACGAGCACGACGACCAGGAGCUGCUGAGCCUGGUGAAUUCAGCUGAGAAGUUCACGGAUGUGGCUGCUGCUGGCAACCCCGCCGACUUCAUCCCCGUGCUGCGGUACCUCCCCAGCCGCAGCAUGGAAUUGUUCCUGGAUUUCAACAGGUGCCUCCUCAGCUUCCUGCAGAGGAGGGUCAAGGAGCACUACAAGACUUAUGAUGAGAACAACAUCCGGGACAUCACGGACUCCCUCAUUGAGCAGUGCCUGGACAAAAAACUGGGAACCACCACAGCCACGCAGAUCCCCAAGGAGAAGAUCGUCAACCUCGUCAACGACCUCUUUGGAGCAGGCUUCGACACCAUAACCACAGCCCUGUCCUGGAGCCUCAUGUACCUUGUGACGUACCCCAACACCCAGAGGAGGAUCCAGGAAGAGCUGGACCGGACCAUCGGGCGGGAGCGGCGCCCGCGGCUGUCGGACCAGGGCAAGCUGCCCUACUUGGAAUCCUUCAUCCUGGAGAUGUUCAGGCACUCCUGCUUCGUGCCCUUGGCCAUCCCACACAGCACCACCAAGGACACGGCGUUGAACGGCUUCUACAUCCCAAAGGAUCGCUGCGUGUUCAUCAACCAGUGGCAGGUGAACCACGACGAGAAGCUUUGGAAGGACCCAGAAACCUUCAACCCCGAGCGUUUCCUCAGUGCUGACGGGACCAAAGUGAACAGAGAGGACGGGGAGAAGGUGCUGGUGUUUGGCCUGGGCAAGAGGAGGUGCAUUGGGGAGAACAUUGCCAGGGGACAGGUGUUCCUGUUCCUGGCCACGCUGCUGCAGCAGCUGGAGUUCAGCGUCUGCCAGGGCAGCAGGGUGGACAUGACCCCUCUCUAUGGACUGACCCUGAAGCACAAGAGGUGUGAGCACUUCCAGGCCAGGCAGCGCUUCCCCACCAAGGGCAGGAGCUGAGCAGUGGGAGCAGACACCUCCCAGCAGCACAGCUGGGUCUGGAAUGGCUUUGUGGGGUGAUGGGGUAAACUGAAACCAUCAGGAUUCUUGUUUUGUCUGCUUCCUUUUGUAGCAAUUCCUCCCUGCUUUGUUUCCUGGGGUUGGAUAUUCCAUUAAAUGUGGCUAUUCU